AGCGGCUCAGACACAAACGCAGACAUGAGGACGCGCAAGCUUUUGUCCAUUACUGUGCUGGGCCUGCUGCUGUGGGCCUCCUGCAUCCGGGCCGACGACUCCGAACAGACAGAGACGACAGAGGAGACACCAGAAGACGCAGAGGAAACCGCAGAGCCACCCAAGAAGGAGAAAACAACAGAAAUAGAGGAGGAGAAAGAUGUCAUGGUGCUCCACAUCUACAACUUUGAGCGAGCUCUCAGCGAGAAUCAGUAUUUACUGGUUGAAUUCUAUGCUCCCUGGUGUGGCCACUGUAGAGAGCUGGAGCCAAUUUAUGCCGAAGCUGCUGAGAAGCUGAAGAAGGAGGAUCCACCGCUGCGUCUGGCCAAAGUGGACGCCAUCGACGAGAAGGAGCUGUCUGAUGAGUUUGACGUCGGAAGCUUCCCGACUCUGAAACUGUUCCUCAACGGAGACCGGAAGCAGCCCGUCGACUUCAAUGGUAAGAGGACAGUCAAGGGAAUAAUGCAGUGGAUGAAGCGCCGUACAGGCCCCGGAGCUCCAGCUCUGGACUCUGUAGACUCCGCGGCUCAGUUCAUUGACUCCCACAACGUCACUGUUGUAGGAUUCUUUGAUAGUCUGGAGAGCGAGGCAGCCAAGGUGUUCAAGGAGGUCACGUUGGAAAUGACUGACACAGAGUUCGCCCUCACAGCCACUCCUGAGGUUUUCCAGAAGUAUGAGGUGAAAGGCAGCUCGGUGGUGCUUUUCAAGAAGUUUGAUGACGGCAGGGCAGAUUUUGCCUUGUCAGAAGACGGGACGCUGGACAAAAGCAAUCUGACCACCUUCAUUAAGCAGAACAGCCUGGAGCUGAUGAUCCCUUUCAGCCAGGAGACAGCAGAAAAGAUUUUUACCUCCAGCAUCCACCAGCACAGCCUGCUGUUCAUCAACUCUACAGUGGAGAGUCAGAAGGGCCUGGUGGACGAGUCCAGGACGGUAGCCAAGGAGUUCAAGGGCAAGAUGCUAUUCGUUGUGAUUGAUGUGACAGAAUCCCUGUCACAUGUGCUGAACUACUUUGGUGUGUCUGAGAAGGACGCCCCCACUGUACGCAUCAUCGAUAUGGACACAGGAAAGAAGUUCAGCAUUGCUGCUGGGGAUCUGACAGUAGAUUCCUUGCGAAAGUUAUGCCAAGAAGUCGUGGAUGGCACUGCCAAGCCCUACUACAAGUCUGAGGACAUCCCGGAGGACUGGGACAAAGGACCAGUUAAAGUCCUGGUGGGAAAGAAUUUCGAGUCUGUUGCUUUGGACCCAACCAAAAACGUGUUUGUGGAGUUUUACGCCCCAUGGUGUGGACACUGCAAGCAACUGGCUCCCAUCUGGGAACAGCUGGGUGAGAAAUACGCCGACCACGAAGACAUCAUCAUAGCCAAGAUGGACGCCACAGCCAACGAAGUAGAGUCUUUAAAGGUUGAUGGAUUUCCAACAAUCAAGUAUUACCCAGCUGGUGACAAAGAGGUGAUUGAUUACAGUGCACUCAGGGAUCUGGAGACGUUUUCUAAGUUCCUGGAUGCCGGCGGCAUGUUGCCUGAGGAGAAGAGUGAUGAGGAUGAAGAUGACGAAGAUGAGGAAGAGGUGGAUGGUGAUGACGAUAGCGAGGAGGCUGAUGAGCCUGACAAUGUAACUGCAAACGACACAUCCAGAGAUGAACUGUAAUGUCACUCACCAGCCAAUCAGGAUCAACCUAGCAUCUUCCAAUUUUCUUAAUAAAACUGAUACAGGUUUAAAACUG